GACGCUAUCAGUAGUGAAGAGCACGAGCGAUUACAAACCUGUUCGGACCAACACUGAUGAAGAUAUGAAGUGAAACACAAAAAGUGGAUCAUUUAGAAGAGUUUAGAGUCGUCCUUUGAGCCCAUUUUUCUGUCUUCGCAAUGUCUAUUAUUCUUUUCACACACUGAACUAAAGUGAUUGAACAGGAUCAUUAAAACUGUCUUCCAGAGCAGGAGAGCAGUUCAUCUCUCACCACAGCUACAUUCAAGUGAUCCCCGGUAUGGAUUGCUUCGCUCCCAGAUCCUUCUGGAACCUUCUACUUGCCAUGGUUGUUGCAGUUGUGCCUGGCUCAAUGGGGGCACCACAGGGCUGCGGCUCCAACGUGAGCUCUCUCUACUAUAACCUGUGUGACGUUACUGUAGUUUGGGGCAUCGUGGUGGAGGCAUUUGCCUCCGCCGGAGUGUUGGUAUGCCUCAUACUGCUGAUGGUUCUCUUUGCCAGCCUGCCAUUUAUGUCAGAUAGCAGGCGGCGCAAGUCAGUACCGUUGGACGCUGGCAUACUUGUGGGCGCUCUGGGCCUCUUUGGACUGGCAUUUGCCUUCAUCGUGGGCCAGGACUUUUCCACAUGUGCCUCACGCCGCUUCCUGUUCGGCGUGUUGUUUGCAGCCUGCUUCUCCUGCCUUCUUAUGAAAGCCAUAAAUCUGAACAUCCUGUCCAGGAACAACAAGGCACCGCGAUCCUGGGCACUGUGCCUUGGAGCCUUGGCGCUUUGGUUGGUCGAAGUGAUCAUCAACACAGAAUGGAUGAUUAUCACCAUGGUCCGCCAGCCCAUUAACGUGAGCUCCAAUCUGCCUGUGCCAUGCUUGAUUACCAACGAAGACUUUGUAAUGUCUCUCAUUUAUGUUAUGGUCCUGCUGGUGGCUUUCUCUGUGGCAUCCAUACUAAUCCUGUGCGGCAAGCACCAGCGCUGGCACAAGGACGGAGUCUACAUCCUGCUUACUGGAAUGUUCACACUGGGCAUUUGGGUGGCAUGGAUCGUCAUGUACACUUACGUCAACCGCACAGCUGGCACUCCAAGUUGGAACGACCCGACUCUCGCUAUAGCACUGGUGGCCAAUGCCUGGGUGUUCCUGCUGCUUUACGCGGUGCCCGAGCUGUGCCAGGUGACUGACGACCCAGAGGGGGUAUCAACUCUCCCCAUGGAUGUCUACACAAACCAAGGCGUGGGUUACGAGAACAUCCUGAAAGAGCAAAGCUCGCAGAACAUGUUUGUAGAAAAUAAGGCCUUCUCUAUGGACGAACCCAAACCAGGUAACAAGCCAGUGUCUCCAUACAGCGGCUACAAUGGACAGAUCCGCAGUUCUGUGUACCAGCCCACAGAGCUCGCGAUUAUCACAAAUCACAAGACGGACUAUUCGUUCGAUACUUCGAUCCCACGAGCCUCUCUCGCCUCUCCAGCCAGUCAGAGCGGCAACGUCACCCCGACCCAAUCCAACACUGGACCCGUCACUGAUGGUAAUGGCUUGCACUGGAAAUCACAGUGGUGAAUCUAGUCAAGACCUCCUGCUCUGGAUGCCUUACUAUGUUCUUUUUCUCAACAAAGUUUUUUUUAUGUUUUCACCCUGGCCAUGGAUCUUUUCUCAGACCAAAGAAUCUUACAAGCUUCACCUUGGAAUGGCUAGGUGUUCAUUUGCCCAGUAGAGACAAUAUAUGGGCAUUUUGUCCACAGUGACCAUGAAUAGGAACUUCAACCCAGAAGAUGAGACUGCACAGUUGGAUGUGAAAGACUGUUCACGUAUUACCCAGUGGCUGUCUUAGCUACUUCAAUGCUAUGUAUUUACAGAAAGGAAAAAGAACGGAUGACGAAUGGUACUUGAUUUUGAUAUUUAAUAAUGUGCAAUAAUUAGCAUGUUAUUGGAUUCCUACACUCUCAGAAAAAAAUAGUAGCUGUACCUUUGCUUGUUGCUGGGGUGUUAACCCUCAAGAGUACAUCUUUGGUACCUUUAAUAUCUAUCUCUCACUUGUAAACAUAGAUGUAGUGGACCUGUAAAAAUGAUUUAAGGAACAUAAAUGGACAGUAAGCAUUAAAGCUACACUACAUGCAAAAAACAGUGACAAGGACAGUGUACAGGUUUUUGUCUGAGAGUGUAUGCCUGAAACUGUUACUCAUCUUCUUCAAACAGUAGUCUUUAGGUAGUCAGAGCACUGGUAUAAAUACACUACCUUUAAGUAAAAGGUAGAACUAAAAAAAAUAAGGGACUAAACUGAUCAUCUCAUGGUACAAACUCUUUUUGAUAAAUCCUCUGUACUUUUAACAUGUAUCUUUCAUCUUGUAAAGCUCAUUUAAGGUACAUAACUGGACCUUGAGGACCACUGUUGUAUCUUGAGAGUGCAUUUACUUUGUACCUUUUUUCAGGCAGUGUAGCUUCCAGCAACAUUUCUGUACAGUGGGUAUAUUAUGAUUACUGUAUUUUUAAUAUUGCCUAAUUGAAUCAAUGUCGUAUUGUAAAGUUUCAGUACUAAAUGUGUUCAGUAUUGCAACACAUUACUCACAGAAUUUUCUCCAGUGAUUGUAAUAAUUCCAGGUGAUCAACUGGACUGAAUAUGAUCCACACAUAACAUAUUUGGACAAGCAAAAAAGACCCCCCCCCCCCCAUACAUUUCAAUGGGAUUCAAAUCCGGGAUUUGUCUAGGCCAUCCCAUAACCCUCCAUUUCUUCUUUUUGAGCCAUUCCUUGGUGGAUUUGCUAGUAGGGCUGGCGAUAUGAUAGAAACACCAUAUCACGAUACUUGAGGACAUUUCAAUGAUACACGAUACGUAUCACGGUUCUGUCACAUUGCAAGCUGUCCAGUUCCAGAGGCAGCAAAACAACCCCAAACAAUAACAUUUUCACAACCGUGCUUCACAGUUGGUAUGAGGUGCUUCUCCUCAAAAGCUAUUUUUGGUCGGUGCCAAACAUGUCUGCUGUUACUGUGGCCAAACAACUCUAUUUGAUUCGUCUGUCCAGAGCACAUUAUUCCAAAAGGCCUGGUCUUUGCCUAUAUGCUCCUUGGCAAACUAUAGUCUGGCAAAGGCUUUUUCCUGGCACGCACCCCAUGCAGAUCAAAAAUCUCUGAUUGUAGAAGCAUGCACUUUGACACCAACAGUUGAAAGACUUACUAGUAGAUCCUGUGAUGAAAUUUGGGGUUCUUGGAGACUUCUUUUUGCAUCAGAUGAACACCUGAUUCUAAUUUUAUGGAUUUGAAGGUGUGAUAAAUGUAGGAGUGUACUUACUUUUUCCAUGUGACUGAUCUGUUUUUGUUAUUGUAAAAAUUAUUACAAAAUGUCAAUUUUAUGUGCCAUUUCAUAGAGUGUAUCAACUUUAUUAAUAGGCACUGUUUCAAAGAGGAUCAAAUGUUUGCUUGUCCAAAUAUGUUAAAAAAGCCAACCAUUUCCAUGGGGUGUACUUAUUUUUUUCACAAAAAUAUAUCCAUCUCUCUCUCUCUCUGUCUCUCUCUCUCUCUCUCUCUCUCUCUCUCUCUCUCUAUAUAUAUAUAUAUAUAUAUAUAUAUAUAUAUAUAUAAAAUGUUCAAAAAUGUCUCCUGGUUCAUCAAUAGUUUGAUCUAUUUGUGUGUGUGUGUGUGUGUGUGUGUGUGUGUGUGUGUGUGUGUGUGUGGUUUGUUUUUCCUUUUUGUGCAGACAGUCAGAGCUGCCUGUGUGUGAAAGUUUCAACCUGAUUGUUAGGACAGCAUGAAGAUAAGAUCCAAAACAGAAACGUAUCAAAUGGAAAAAUUCCCGUCCGUCAUAGUCAGUACCCACACUAUUUACAUAGCCACAGUAGAUAAGUCUCACUUUCCUACCUACAGGCUUAGAUGAGUCUGUCAGAGUGAGCAGAUUGCAGCAUAAGGUUUUUUAAGGGCAACCAAUUACAUUUAGGAUUUCCAUUUAACGCUUUUUCUAUACGUUAUAAAUUAUUUUCUAGACAAAAUAUGGCUUUGUUAUUACUAGUAUCCUAUUAGAGCGUAUUAUUAAAGAGAGAUAUUAAUAUGGCGACCUUUAUGAAACUCUUUUCACACACUUUAUUUAUGGUGUUUAAACAUUAAACCCAGAAAACAUUCUGUUUUAAAAAAUAAUUGUAAAAACUAUAUGCCAUUUCAUAAGUAAAAUGUAUUAGACUAUGGAUAAGAAAUUAAUCACAAGGUUGAGGUUAAACAAGAGAAUGUAAAAUGAUUUGAGGUUGAAAUUGAAUAUUUGCGUCGAGCCGUAUGAUUGGAAACUCAACAGAAAACAGGAUGUGCAGGUGGUAGAAAUUAUACAAUCGAUUAAAUAUGAUUUAUUAAAUAAAAUUUUUCUCUAAUUUGAAUGUUUUAUACUAACAGCAUAAGAAUCAACGACAGAGACUAUGAUUGUCAUUCUAUACUCACUUAUAGGAGCAUUUAAACACGCUAUUUCUGUGUUCUGGCUCCAUCUGAAUGGAGCCUGAUAUGUACUGACCUCUGCUUCAUUUUCUAACCUUGAGCAGCAUAAGCCAGCCCUUCUCUUUCUGUCUGGCUGUCUGUCUGUCUGUCCUCUCUACAUAUCGAAUGUUCAGCACUUCUGGUAAAAUGGGAAGCUGAAACUCUAGGUAAUAUAAUAGGUCCCACAUAUUUGGCCCUGCAAUAAACCACAGAACUGAGUAGAUGGAUGAGAAUGAAAACCAUCAUGAUUCCAAGAGUCCAUGAUUCCAGGAUAUUUACAUAGUCAUUUAAUUUAAUAUUCAAUGUUGAGAUUGAUUCCUUCUUCCCUCCAGCCAAAAACAACUACACAGCGUUUUAUUUCCUCUAAAACAAGCAUUAUACCAGGUCACAACAUCUACACAGCAUUGUAUUUCCUCUAAACCAAAUAUGGCCACACCCUCUAUCACAUGCGUCAGAUCUCUGGACAUCUAUCAAAGGGUGGCUUGAGGCCAUGACGUUCAGUUCCAUGUUGUGGGGGGAAAAACAUUAAACUUAUUAGAUAAAUAAUGGUUCGAGAUUGAAAUGUGGUAAUAAGAGGGUAAGUUGUGUUGGCAAGUUAAUCGAUA